AGACGGCUGGCUCGUCGAAAGCAUAACUCUCGUCUCUAGAUGUCGGAAAUCUAGCUUGACAGCUUCCGCAGGUGGCGAGGAGACCAUUGGCAUCACCCGCAUUCCAAUUCGGGUCAAUGGAGGCUUUGAGGAGGAGAUCUUGUUUGUUCAUGUCAUCGUAGAUUGCGGGAAGCUUCAUGUUGUCUGUCGUUCCGAGGGCUGCCUCGAUGUAGAAGAGCAUGCUCAAAAGGUAUGAGGCUAUAUGCUCUCUCAGAACAGAUGAGGAAAGCCGAUGGAGAACAUGGGUUCUGCCAGGCAUCGGAUUUCUUCGUCGAUACUGAUCACUUCGGAAGCUGGUCUGCCGACCCGUUGUGGCGAAGAUGGCGGCACCUUUCGGUUGUUGUUGUAUGGCCGGACAACAAGAUCCAUUCAUUUCUUCACGAAGAACUCGAUCUCCUGGACCGUCUGGAUAUCUCCGUGCCCUGGGAAGAGUUCCUUUUCUUCUUUAACAGCCUAUCACUCUGAAAUCGGCAAGACGGCAGUCUCUCCUCAUGCCCAUGGGGUCUUGGCCUUCGGAACGGUCCCAAGACAAUGCCAGCCUUCCGAAGUUCACGCGGACCAUUUUCUGGAUGGAUGGGACACAUGUAACCUAGAGCGCAGUCGCCGGCUUCGUACUCGCCUUGAAGGCUCUCCCGUAGGCGACAUCGAGUGGGAUAGGUGGCAUCGUUCUCCCGUUCCGCCUUUCAAGGGUGACCAUUGUGGUUGCAGUUGCAGUUGCGCCGCUAUCACAUCCUAGAGUUGGGGUGGGAGAACGAAUGACCUGCUCGGCCUUCACGUUGGAUACCGUAGGCAUAGGCAACGUCGAACCCUUGAGAAAAAGAAGCCGCCAUGAUAACUUGAAGCCUGACGUGCGGCU